AUGCCAUCUCUAGACCUACCAACGGACGGCGGCUCAACGGUCGACGUUUCGGUAAUUGUCGGCGGCCAUGUUACUCUUCCAACGAGUUUCAUGAUCAAAGAGCAGGUUGCAGGACAUGACACUAUGACUGCUCCCUCCUAUAGCUUUCUAGUUCAGAACAAAGCCAAGGGCAAGAAGAUCCUGUUUGAUCUAGGGCUGCCGAAGGCUUGGAAGGAGAAGCUUCCUCCGCGAGUUGUUAGAACGAUCGAGGAUUCGAAGGGGGUUAUUGAUGCCCCGAAGGAUGUCGCCGAUCAACUAUGCGAAGGGGGUGUUUCGCUCGAGUCUAUUGACGCUAUUGUUUGGUCCCAUCAUCAUUUCGAUCAUAUCGGAGACCCGUCCGGUUUCCCCUCCUCUACCGCGCUUAUAGUCGGGCCUGGGUUCAAGAGUGACAAGACCACGUUCCCUGGGUAUCCGAGGAACCCGGACGCUAGAACCCUUGACGAUGCAUUCCAGGGACGGGAAGUCGUUGAGCUUGAUUUCACCGGUGCCGCGAUGAAGAUCGGCGGCUUCCCAGCCAUUGACUACUUUGGCGACGGGAGCUUCUUCUUGCUGUACUCAAAGGGUCAUACCCACGACCACAUGUGUGGUCUUGCGCGAACCUCUGAGGAUAAAUUCCUAUUUCUUGGAGGCGAUGUCGCUCACCAUGCUGGGGAGUUCCGCCCGACACCCCAGGUUCCUCUUCCGGAUGAAAUCCACCCGUCGCCGCUGGAUGAAGACGCCCUGAAUCCUCAGCGUCUGCCGUUAUCUGCUUGCCCAGGAAGUGUCAUUGAAAAAGCCCACCCGAGAAAGGGAACGAGACCGAGGGAAUAUAGAACGACACCGUUCUACGAGGCAAGUACGGAAUUGAAACCAUUCCCUCAUGAUGCUAAAGUCGCGGUAGAGAGGGUGCAGAAUUUCGAUGCUUCAGCCGAGGUCCUGGUCAUUAUAGCUCAUGACGCUGACCUGGAGAGCAUCCUACCUAGUUUCCCUAAGAAGCUCAACAACUGGGAUUCGGUAGGGUUAAAAGGAUUGCGAACGGAGAGCCCAUAUAUAUGCGUUUUGAAAUCGACGAGAAAGAUGAGCAAUGGGUUGAAGAGUCAAGGGCCUAGGCAUCGAAAAGGCAAGCCGUAUCACGUGCUGGUUAUCGGGCAGGGUCUUGCAGCCUCAGGCGCUCAGGCGCUCAAGCCCCGACACCGCAUCGGAACCGCCACUUUCUCCCUUCAGUCAUUACAGCAGAUUGUGGUAUCUCAACCGGUUAUGUCUCGCCGUCCUAACCCCGCCCAGGCGGCCCAGAACCAGCAGACUAUCAAAGCUCUCUUGAAACUCGAAGCCAACAAGACAUGCGCCGAUUGUAAACGCAACAAACAUCCACGAUGGGCAUCCUGGAACCUCGGAAUAUUCGUCUGCAUUCGGUGUUCGGGCAUACACAGGGGCAUGGGCACCCAUAUCAGUCGAGUGAAGUCUGUGGAUCUUGAUGCGUGGACCGAUGAACAACUUCAGAGCGUUGUUCUUUGGGGUAAUGCGAGAGCGAAUAAGUACUGGGAAGCGAAGUUGGCACCGGGCCAUGUUCCGUCAGAAGCGAAGAUAGAGAACUUCAUCAGGACCAAAUAUGAAUCUAAGCGCUGGGUUAUGGACGGACCAAUGCCCGACCCCUCAACAUUGAAUGCCGGAGGCGACGAUGAUGUUCCUCUCGCUGUCGUCCAGGAAAAAGCAAAGAUUGAACGCUCCGCUUCGCAAAGAGUGGCCGCGACCAGACAGCCGCCUGCAGUGCAACAUCGUCCACAGGCGUCCAUUGAUCUCUUUGGUGAUGACGAUGUCGCUCCCCCGAUCCGCCCCAGUACUACCGAGCCUUCAAUUCGAGCUCCUCCCAAGCAGCCGCAGGCUGCUCCGAAACCCUCGCGACCCGGCGACUCCUUGCUCGGCCUCGAUUUCUUUGGAAGUGCACAACCCGCAGCGAACAACCGUCCCGCCAGUGUUGCGUCUACGCCGGCUGGUGGGAUGUCUAGGCCAGACCUGAAGCAAUCGAUCCUCUCUCUCUACUCCAAGCCGCAGCCUGCCGCACAUGAGCGCACCUCUUCGUUCGGGGAUCUGACUUCCCCGCCCCCGCAAUCGACCUCUUCUUCCAACCUGGGCGGUCUGACCGACGCCUUCAGUGGCUUGAGCUUCCCCACUUCUCCCCCGGUUCAAAAGCCUGCAGAGAAGCCCUCCCCCUUUGCAGGUUUGACGAACUUCGCCAACUCCAAGUCGGCACCUGCAGCACCCAAGGUGACCUCACCUACAGCUUCAAUUGGAAGCGCAGGCGGUGGCUUGUUCGACAGCCUGACAUCCCCAACCGUUCCUCCCACAAAGCCGCAAUCGCGCACUACAUCUAUAUCAUCCAACAGCCACGACUUCGGGGGAUUCUCCAGCUUCCAAUCUCCCCCGCCACCUAAGGCUAACCCUCCCUCGGCCUCCCUGUCCAACGACCUCUUUGGACUGUCCUCUCCCCCGCUUUCCACUGCUGCCGUCUCACCACCCCCAGUGCGCUCGCCGCCACAAGUGACAUCCCCGCAGCCGGACCUAAGCUCUGCCUUCAAUCUUAGCAACCCCGCACCCAAGCCAACUGUAGCGCCACCUCAGCCAGUAAGCACGACACCUCUCCCCAGUCUCAAUGCCGCAGCCAUCGAUCCAUGGGGUUCAAACGCAUGGGGCACACCCGAGCCGGCCGCUCCCGCCGCCCCGCAGCCCUCCUCCAUGAUGAAACUUCCCGACACAUUAACCGCCAACGACGUCGGCGCUGGUUGGGGCGCCCCCUCGGCAGCAGCAUCCAAGCCCCCUGCGCCCUCUGUCGCAGAGGACGAAGACUUCGGCGGCUGGGCCAGUGCGGCCCCUAUCUCUUCUACGACUACCACGAAUGCGAACACUUCAUCUAAACCGGCAGGCGGGUUUGGAGGAUCUGAUGACUUGUUUUCUAACGUUUGGGAGUAA